GUCGUUGCAAAUGGGUUUGUGGGGCGAUGAGCGAGGGACUAUUGGGUCUGUGAUGCCAGUAGAACUUGGAGGUUCGAUGCAACGGGUUCGUAAGAAGAAAAAUGUCGUUUCGCUAGUAAAUUCCUAAUUAGCUGUAACCGCCAUUGUCGUGUGAAUAAAAGGACUUUUUGGGGAAUUGCUCCAAGUGGCGAAGACAGAAAAUAUUGGUGAAAUAAAAAAAAAAUUGGGGGUUUAUUAGAAGAAAAAAAAAGUGUGUUGAAUGCUUCCACCGAAAGUGUGCAGAUGAAUUAUUGAAAGUGGUACCUCAAAAUCAGGACACGAUGCGAGCGCGCAUUCACUCCUUUCCAAAGUGAGAGACCGGCCUAUGUUUGCAUGAGCGCGUGGGAAAGAGAGAACCGUCGAAAAGGCUAACCCACCGGAGAAAAUCAAUUUCCCAUUAAUUAUUCCACAGAACUUAACAGUGUGACGUUGAGGAAUAGUCAAAUUAUAGAUUACUUUUAUGCUAAAACAUUCCUCCCACACCUUGAAACCGCUAUAAACAUCUUGGGGACACAGCUGUUCAUUUAUCUAGAACGCAAAGAGAAUGGUGUUAAGAAUGAGCAGCGGGUGUUAGCUGCUCUUUUUUCCAUUUGGUUCUUUUUUUAUUCAAUAAAUAUAAUAUAAUUCCUUUUUUGCCCCAAAUUCCAUCAAUUCAGUGCUUCUAACUAUAUAAUGUGUGGCUACGGAAAGUGAACCAAAUUAUGAUUUGAUUUGGAAAUUGUGUAAUAUUUCUUCACACCAGUGUACACAUUAUUAUAUACUAAAAUAAAAUUACAACAUUGCACGCCAAGGAUAACCAAUUUUUUCUUCUCUCUCUCUCUCUCUCUUUAAAUUACCUACAGUGAUAUUCGGAAAAGUGUUAAAAGAUAUAAAAUGGGGGAAAUCUAAUAAUUUUUAAUAUGUAUUUUUUGUGAAUUUUUUCUUGUGACGUUCAAAGAGUACAAGGAACUGAAAAUUUUCAGAUAAGAAAAAUUUCCGCGCACCAGAAAAGGGAGAGUGAUAAAAGCGUUAUAAUAUUACAUGUAUACCGAAGUAUGAAUUUUAUAUGUACUUCUUGUGUCAUCGAAAGUGAUAAGAGUUGUACAAUGACUCGCUGUUCCGAGAUCCCUAAUCUUAUGGAUUAAAGCGAUGGCUAUACAUAUAUUCUACACGAAAUUCAAAUACAAAGGAAUUCGCAUCUAGUGGAAUACAUUACGGAAUAGACGAGAUUCACACCACUAAGGAAAUGUAGUAAAUUCAAAGAUGACAGCACAGACGUGUGUACAGCUAAGACUGAGGGAUGUCUUCAAUAUAUCUGAAUAUUUCAGAUAAUUUCAACGUAGUGUUUAUUUAUCCAAAAAUAAGUGUUAUAUAGGAAUAUUAUAUUAAACAAACUUUGGUGUUUAAAAGAAGAAAAGAGAAGAAAAAGUUAAUAUGUAAAUAAUUAUUUUCAUAUACUGCAAACCAAAAAAGUGAACAAAGUUAAUAUUGUGUACCUUGUAAAAUUAAUACUUAAGUAUCAUUUAGUUCUGUCUUUUUUUCGUGAAAAAAAAAGAAGAAAGAAGUUACAAGUUGAGUGCUUUGUGCGGUGAUUAAAUCACCACCAACGCCAACAUACAAUUUAGUUCUAUUGUAAUACAAGGAAUGGCGCCAUACAGACACAAUCUUCUCUUAAUCCUAUGGAUAACUCCUCUUUUGAUCACACAUUCUUCAGUCAUGGGCGCGCAAAGAGAGUCUUCGAAAGUAAAAGAGAAUGCAUCAACAAAUGUUGGUGGUGUAAAGAAUAAUAUCGAAGUAGAUGAACAAAAAUCAGGACCUUACGUCGAUAAGGCGGCAUCUAAAAAUGUUACAGCACUUUUAGGGAAAACAGCUUAUUUAAAUUGCAGGGUCAAAAAUUUAGGCAAUAAGACGAUGCUGCUACAAGUAUCAUGGAUUCGACAUCGUGACAUACACUUACUGACAGUUGGAAGGUACACAUAUACAUCCGAUCAGAGAUUUAAAGCUAUUCAUCAUCCACACUCUGAGGAUUGGAUUCUGCAAAUAAAGUAUCCCCAGCACAGAGAUUCUGGCAUUUAUGAGUGCCAAGUGUCAUCGACGCCACAUAUAAGUCAUUAUAUUCAUCUAAAUGUUAUUGAACCAUCAACAGAAAUAAUUGGAGCACCGGAUUUGUACAUUGAAAGCGGUUCCACAAUAAACAUUUCAUGCCUUGUGCUGAAUUCACCAGAAACACCUGCAUACAUUUUCUGGAAUCACAAUAAUGCGAUAAUAAGUUACGAUUCACCUCGGGGAGGAGUGUCUGUAAUAACAGAAAAGGGCGAGACUACAACAUCAUUUCUAUUGAUCAAAAAUGCUCGGCCAUCGGAUUCCGGUCAAUAUCAGUGCAAUCCGUCCAAUGCCAAAAGCAAGAGUGUUACUGUUCAUGUUUUAAAUGGGGAAUUCCCAGCAGCAAUGCAGCGCGGGGUUCAAGCUCAUCAUCUGAUGUCACAUUAUCAUUAUCUCAUACUUUACAUGUCUGUAGUCUUGUUUUCUUUACACUUCUGCCGCUUACCUUAUCGAGACGCUGCAGAACUGACAUAGCUCUGCUACCUCUCACCUCAUGUGAAUAUAUACUUAUAUCCUUUCUCAUUAUCCUCCUGCAUUUGUAUUCCUUUCUACGGAAUCAAUUGCUAAACAUGUUACUUUAUAUGGAUCCACGGAUCCUUACAACUAAGACUCCUUCUUCAUUCAUCUUCAAAUGGAGAAGUUAUCGACACCUGAGUAAAAAGAAGAAAUCAAUCUUCGGCACUUUUGUAUAUCUUCCCUUUAUGUGGCGCCAAGAAUAUGCAGUAAGAUGAAACCAAUGUGGUUAUCUUUUUAAAUCAUCACUCCCCCUACAAUGAAUCUAAAUAAAAAAUAAAAUGUAAUAGCUCUCUAGAAAAAAAAAAACAGAAAAAACACAUUUUCUAGGUCAAUCUCGUACAAGAAAAACAGAGAAAAACUUCAAAUACAAAAUUCUAUAUAUAAAUUAAACAAAAAAAUAUACUGUUAAUGUAAUAAAGUAAUCUGAAGAAUGAAAUUCAGAGAUUUUGUUUUGUUACCUAUACAAGCUAUAUAAUAUAGAGUGAUGAUGAGAAGAAGUUUUAGACAUGAUAAUUUAUUAAAGAAAAAAAAAUACAAUUUAAAGAAUAUUGUGACAAAUAUGAGAGUUUUAAAGUGUUACGAUGUAUAAAUAUAAAAAAGAAGAAAGUUAUUGACCUAUUCAAUAUGAUACCAAAGAAGAAUACCUAAACUGAAUAAAUAAAAAAUUAAUUAUAUAUAAUUUUAGUACACCAGUCCACAAAGUGAAUGAGCUUUUUAAUGAUUGUUUUUCGUAAAUGAAAAUUUUUUACACUCUUAUAGUAAAUGAAAGUUUUUCGGUAAAUUCUCGGGAAGUUUUUAGUUUUUUUCAUAACAAGCAAAAAAGUUCUUGAACACUUUGUAACAUCGAUAUUCGUAUUCAAUACUAUAUGCGCAACUUCAUUGAAUUUAUAUAUAAAUUUCAAGAAUUAUAUCGUUAAUGCAGUCUUUUUUAUUUCAUUAAUGUCAAACCAUGCUGUUUUUGUGUUUAUGUACAUUUCUUUCUAUCGCAGCUUUUCUAUGUUAAAUUCCGAUGUACAUAGGUAUAUAAUGUUCUGUUCCUUUCACACUGUAAUGGAAUAAUUUACAACAAAGCUAAUUUCAUACAUAAAAAAUUCAAUUGAAAUUUCUGAAAAUCUGAAAGGACGAACUGAAAUGUUAUGUACAUAGAGAUGGGCGAUAGAAUGAGGUAGAUAAACAAAUUCUACGUGAUUGAAAUUAAUGGAAUUAAAAAAAAUCUGUGUUCACGAUAUAUUACUAAAAUAGUAUUGAUUGGGGAUUAUUAGGAAAUAACAGAAAAAAACGGGGAGUAUUUUUAAGGGGGAAUAGCUCUCACUCGUGCAAGAGAUUCAGCCUAUGAAUGAAUUUAUUUUACAUUGGUGCGUGGUAUGAAAAGGAAUCCAUCUCAGGCUAAAAAAAAUGAUCAGAUAACAUUUUUUUUUCAGUUAAAUUCAGGGUUAUAUUCAUUAAUUCAAAAUCAAUGCAAUGAAUGCGCAGGAGUAAUUGAAAAUAAUGAGAAUUAUUCAUUUAUGUGGUAUGUUUAAGACCUACCACAAAAAAACAUAGUUUUGGGGGAAAGAGAGAGUUUGGAGGGAAACUGAAGUCACGUGCCUCAUUCCAAGAAAAUUUCAGUGGGAGUAGGUCAUAUAAUUAAGUCAUUGUCUCAGCAGAACGUUUAACCCCUGAAAUAGUGGACGGGAAAAAAGAAAAAUGGGAUAAUGGAGAAAUAGUGGGAUGUAGCUUUCUUUCUUUUUAUUUUAAUCCAAUGAAUGUUCAGAGUUGUGGAGGUUUUACUUUUUUUUUAAAUGGUUUUAAGUGCUAAUUUAUUGGAGAAAAUGCGGAAACUCGAUAUGUUUAGUAUAAUACAUAAAUAGGACUACAUAUAGUUCUCAAAUGUCGUCGAGUGAGAGCUAUAGAAUACAAAUUAAAAAAAGAGAAUUAUAACAAUUUGUUAAAAAAAAGUUAAAUAUAAAAUGCAGUGAUAGGUGUAAUUUAAUUACACAAUUUAGAGAGAAGAGGAGAAAAAAAAGUAUGGCUAAAUUAAAGUUAUAUUUCAUAAUAUAAUGGUGACUCAUCAAGAACUAAAGUGCAACUGAGGGAAAAAACGUCAUUUUAAAAAUGAUUUGUGACUGUAUAAAUUUAAAUAUAUUUAAUGAGACAAUAUAAGUAGAGAGAAAAAAAUCUAUGUAGAUGCAAAAUUAAGGCAAGUGAUAGGAGGGAAAAUUUCUUGGUAAAACCGGAAAAAUAUUUAAAGAAGAAAAAGAAUCAAUCCAAAUUACAAAUGGCUCUGAAUGGUGUUGAGAAGAAACUCAGUCUUAGAUAUUUUGCAUAACUUUGCGAUGACUAGAAUAACUGAGAGAGAACGUGUGAAAUUCGUAGAAUUAAAAUGGAUAUUCUGUGAUAAAAGUUAAUACUUUGAUGGAAAGAGGAAUGUCGUGCGACUUUUCUUUUCAAAUCAUCUGCCACAAACUUAUCAAAUCAUUGACAUUUAUCUUGAAUAUCUGAUUUAUUCUAUCGAAGAUCUAACAAAAGAAAAUGUUAGUUUCCCAAUCAGAUGAAACAAAGAAUAAAAAUUGUUAUUCCAAAGUCAUUUUCUUUAAUUAAAUAUAUUGAUUUGAAUUUACACCAAAAACGCUAAAAAUAUACAAUAAAUUGAGGAAAUCGCGGCUGAAAGUCAUAAAAGAGUUUUCGGAAAAUCUCAAAAUAUCGUAUUUCCCAAAGAAAUUGUGGAAGUAGUUUAGGAAAAGUUCUAAAGCGGAAAAUUUCCUACAGGAAUAAUCUAUCCCACUUUCCUCUAACUCUUUGGGAAAUAUGACAUUUUAAGCUAUUUUUCAAACACUUGAUUGACUAUACUAACCACAAUUUUCCCGAAAUACGUUAAAUAAAAAAAGAACAGUAUUAGUUUGUAUUAAAUUUUAUUAUAAUAGAACCAAUAAAUAUUUUUAACUAAAUUGAAAUAUAAAUAAUUAAAAAGAAUUUUGAUGAAAAAUUAACCCCUUUCAAUUUUAUUGAUUUUUUUAAAUGAUAUAUUAACAGAGUUUUGCGGAAAAACAAUAGCUCGUAAGAAUAUUAUUAUUGAGGAUAUGAAGGACAUCAGUCAAAUGCCCAUAUAAUUCACUUCUAGAGCCAUAUAAAAAUUUUAUUUUAGAAUCUUUAAACAUAAAUUUGAAACAGUUAUCCCUGGUUUUUGUUUUUAAAAUUUAUAAGCAUAAAAUUUGGGACACUCGUUACUUAUUUAAUUGCCCUACUCAUAGAAUAUAGGCAAAACACAACACAUUCACACAAUGGUUGAGUGGGAGAGAGCACCAUGAAAUAAUAAAAAAAAAAUGAGAGAAAAUGUUUAUGUGACAUCAAUGGAAUCUACAUGCAUAUAUGUACUGAAAUUCAUGCCGAAACGUGAUGAAAGUCCCCAAAAUAUUUUCAUAAAUGCUCAAAGAUAAUUUAAUAUAAAUCGACAGGAGUAGAGGAGAUGGUGCGACCCUGUCAGCAAUGAUGGCACACAUAGUAUUGCGAUAUUUGGAUAUUGCGAGGGCGAAGGGAAUGGUCCGGGAGGGUGGGGGAGAGAGGAAAUAUUCAGCGCUCAAUUGGAUCACAUUUCACACAGACAGCUCGAUUACAAUCAUAAAUCACGGAGCUUUAGGUUUGCUUCCUUUUAGAAAAGGUUCCAAAAAUGAAAAUGAUUUUCCGUAUUUGUACAGUCAAUUUUCUUCUACCACAUUUUGAUUUUCUGAUUGAUGACCGGAGCAUUUUCACUUUAUUUGUUCAAUCCGUGCACAAAUGUUUAUACAAAAAAAGAGAACUGUGGAUGUUCGAUCAAUUUUCCCCAUGAAUUCCACCUACAUAUCUCUUAAAUCAGUAUUCAAGCCAAAUAUAAAAAGGAGGUUCAUUAAAUUAUAAAAGAGUGGCUCAUGUGUAAGAAAUGGAAACACAAAAGGGACGAAAGUUGAAUGAGGAUGGUAAUACAAUUUGGUUAAAUGUUUCUUAAGCGGCCUAGUCUUUUGCAGCGAAAAAAAGAGAAAAAUAGAACGUAUUUUUUACUUACACACACAAAAAAACUCCUUCUGCUAAAGUAAUAAAAGAAUACGGUCAUCGAAAUAGAAUAAAAAGAAAAGACAAGAAAAGUUACCGAAUACAAGAAGAAGGGUAUAUAGUACCGAGGGAAAAGUAAUCCGAAAAACAUCCCAGAACAAUACGCAAAGGAGAAGGGAGAGAAAAAAACGAAGGAAAAUGAGAAUAAACGUUCCUCCUUGCGCUAUCAUUUACUUAAGUUGGAUUUUUUAAUACACUUGGCUAUUAAGGGGAGGUGGUAUUCCCUUGUUUUCACUUUUGCCCUUUGAUAUAACCGUCAGUCAUGAAAGCACGCAGAAAACAAAUAAAGAUAUCAAUCUCCUGAGCCAGCAACAAUAAAAACUAACAAGGCAUCAAAUACAACAACAAAACACAAUCAAAGAUAGCGGAAAUUGAAAAGAAAAUCGGAAAGACAUAAAAAUAUGUUCUACGCAUGGCAAAUAGAAAAAAAUCAUAUACAUAACAUACAUACAUAUAAAAAAGGUAAUAAGGACACUAAUGGCCAUUUACUCUCCUAAAUAUAAUAUAUAUGGGAUAAUGCUCGUUUUCUUAAUAAGAAAUUGACCUGAGAAUUCCUUCGUAUACACAGAACUGAUUUUACUUAUUACUUUUAAAGAAAAAAAAAAAUAAAAUGAAAAACAAAUGAAAGAUGAUGUUAAGACAAAAUUUCAGACAACCAUUUAUCUGAUUUUUAUCAAAAUGAAAUUACAAAAGUUACAUAAAAUAGAUAAAUCAUAAAUUCAAUUAAAAAAAAACAUUAAAAAAACCAACAGAUACCAUCAAAUAAACAGUAUUUGAGAAAAAAAAAGAAAUAUACCCAUAUAAAAAAAUGAAAUUCAUGUGUCUAAAAGUAAGAAGUGAGAAAUCUAAUGAAAAUCUUCAAAAAAAAAAAUAAAGAAAGUAAUAUUAGUGUAAAUGUGAAAAAAUCCGCAUAAUGUAUAAUUUUAAUUCUGUAAAAACAGUCCUUAAAGUAAAAGAAAAAAAUGAAGGUAUUCAUAUGUAAAUGUGUAAUAAGGGAAAAACUAAAUUAAAUAAAUAUCUAUUGAAAAUUAAGAAAA